GUAUUUUAUUUUUAUUUUAUUUUAUUUUUAAUUAUGUGUGACGUCAUACCUACAAGCAAACGCACAUCAGAAAAGCCACUUUAUAGCCACCAUAAUAUUUUGUCGUAAUAGUCGCUGUUUCUAUGGUUACUAAAUCCCAAACAAUAACUAAGCGCACAUUGUAACGUAGUGACUAUAUACUCUUUGGUGCACUUUAUUUUUAUGUCACUAAAUGAUUUCAAUGUUAUUAUUCAAUAUUGUUAUCAAAUGAAUAUCAAUUCACUUUAGUUUAUUUAUAGCACAUAAUAAGUAUCGUCAGUACUUGUGUUAGAUUUGAUUUAUUUGUGAUGAAGCACAAAACACUUACGUGUUAAAUGAUGAUUCGCUUGAAAGACUUUAUUAUAUCAACAGUGGAACGCAGUUUCAACCACACAGAUUUAAAGUUACACGUUCAACACGAAUAUGUAUUAUCUGAUUUUUUAAACAAUUCUCAAUCACUCUUGAUUCAAGGUUUCAUUGCUGAUAAUGAAUUACAUUUGUAUAAUGAAAUACAAAAAAAUGAAAUAAAAUCUGUAAUAUUUUAUAAAACAUCGGCUAUAGCACUCACACACGAUGAUUUCGUAAAAGACGUAAAUAUUAUAACUUUAUCAAGUAAUGCACCUGAAUCAUUAUAUCAGAUUUUAAGGACUGUCUAUACUCCUUUGCUUGUUAAGGAUGACGACGUGCAUUCUAAUAAACUACAAAAACAUCUGUCUGAUUUGGAGUCGGUUUUAAAAUUGUUGUCUUAUGGUAAAGGACCCAACAACACGAAUGUGAUAUUAACCAUUGAAGAUGAAUUGGAGUAUUGGAAAACAUUGGGCGACAGAAAAGAUGUUUCUAAAAAAGAAAGAGAAUCCGCACACGCCUUUUCAGAAUUAUUUGAAGAUAUUUGUCAAGAACUCAGGUUUUUUUACAAUUUUUUAUACAGUUAAAAAUGUAUUCUAUCAAAUUGUAACACAGUAAUGGUACCUAUAACUAAAUAUUGUGACAAUUUUAACAUACCAUCACAUAAAGUAUUUAUUCGUAUUUUUAUCCCAAAAGUGUUAGGGCAUAGCGUAUAGUGCGUGCAAGUUUCAUCGAGCUUAAAUUCGUCCCAAGAUGUGACAGGGCGUGCCUAGCCUGCCUAGCGUGCCUAACGUG